AUGGACUUCAUCCCACCCGUCACUAACCCAGCUCACCCGCGCUUCUCUGUACCCUAUUUCAGCCCACCAUCCAGUACUUACACAGCGGGCGGCUUGGAAUCAUGGCUAUUCUAUCCUCACUAUGAAGGUUUCAACAUCCAACACAUCGUUGAAGGUAACUUCCACGGCAAGACUUGGCUCGAAGCCGCCGCAUUUAUUCAGAGAUGGGCAUAUCUAGGCAUGAUCGCCGAAAUCAUGCACAUUGGCGGCUUGCGCGGCUUAAGAAAUGAAUUCAUCACCGAAGCUGAAAGGGACGCCGGGACUGAACAGCUCAGAAUCUUUUCGGCACUCCUGCCCUACAAUAUACUUCUGUGGAACCACAUCCACCCAGACCUCAACCAGAUCGAUGCCGAUCAAGAGAACAUUAAACGAUUCUUGACGAUGUCGGUGAUUCUGAAGCGAGUGAAUGUGUUUUAUAACCUCCUUACCGGCCGUGAGUGGGUUCGACCCCAACGAGUGCAAAACCAAAAUUAUCAGCCGAGGCACGUACACUCUAAGCAUGAUCAUCGACACGACCACCGUGCAGGGUGGACUGAGUGGCUGCAAAGUGCACCGGAAAAUCAAACGUUCUUCACAGAUGAACCAUACUCCGGUGUGAAUUCACUCGAGUCCCCCGGACAUGCUCUGGUACUGUCGAUAGGGGUCGUUGGGGAGCUUCUUAGCGACGCCGUUGAACGCAAGUACAAAAGACGACUCGACCUCAAAUGGAACAUCCCUGUGACGAUCGUGCGAAGAAUGGACCUGGCAGGGUGGUGCCCAGUCUGGCUCAGGAAGUUCAAAGAUGAGGGUUCCGUCAUUAGGCCCGUGUACCUGAGCUCCAUCUCUAAGGGUCCGACGCACCGACAUGCCAGUUGUUGUUUUUUUGGGUGCAUUGCAAACCAGAUAGACAAAAGCACAUACACGACGAAACAUUGUCGUGAUGAUUGCAACUGUGACGUGGUUUCCUUUGAUCUCGGUGAUGGAUCAGAGUAUGCCAGGUGGAUCAGAGAUGGUUACGCACCGCUACUGUUACGUGAGAAUUCCAGGACUGCGGGCAGAGUUUCAUGGAAAUUGGUCCGAAGCCAUGAACCAGAGACAAGCGCACCGAAGAGAUAUGUCGCAAUAUCGCACGUCUGGGCAGACGGCACGGGAAAUGCUGGAGGAAACGCUCUGCCAAGUUGCCAACUGCAAAAGUUCCAAGAUGCUGUCAUCAAGCUAUUUACCGACCUUGACGUCGAUGAGCAAGUGCCUUUUUGGGUAGAUACAAUCUGCGUGCCAUUCAAUGACAGCCCCGUCAAAAUGUUGGCCCUUCGAGACAUGGAACGAAUAUAUCGCGAGGCAGACAGAGUUCUGGUAUUUGAUUCUACUCUAAUGCAGAUCAGCCUUGACACCCCAGCCAGGGAGUGCCUCACACGAAUAGAAAUCAGCCCCUGGAAUGAACGGCUGUGGACGAUUCAAGAAGCUGCUUUCGCGAAAGUGUUAGCCUUCCAAUUUAAAGAUGGACUUGCCAGCCUACCUUGGCUGGCGAAGAAUUACCGUCUCGAGCGGUUUGCCAAUCUAGCACAGCUGCGGUAUGAUCAAGACUUCCGCGCAGAAAGCGUGGGAAUGGCAAUGCUAAAACUCAUACUCGACAUGCAUCUUGGGCCCGUGUUAAAAGAUAAGAAUGCUCCGAUGCAACAACCGCCUGGUGUGCAAAGUGGCAUGUGGCUGGCACUCGAUGCAGAUGCGCUCGAUCAAGAGAUCUCAGAUGUCGAAAUGGAAGGUCUGACAAUGGACUCGACUUAUUUCGGGACCUUGGUUGCUGUGCUUGGAUUCUUCAGCAUCUUGCAGCUUCCAGCAGCGCAGUCCAACAACGUCAGAACAAAAUGGAGCUCUCUAGAGAAGGUCUUGCCAUAUCGUCAGACCAGUAUUAUUGCUGAUGAGGGUCUGUGCCUCGCAACCCUCCUUGGCAUGGAUCUGACAACAUUUCACAACCUCAAAGAUGAGGAACGGAUACGCCUGAUGUUCCUCAAGAUGGAGCACGUCAGCACGGGUAUCCUCUUCGGUAGUCGCCCGCGCCUGCAACAAUCGGGCUAUCGCUGGAUGCCCGUGACGUUUGUGGGCGAGCGCACCGAGCUCUCAGAGCAGAGGGCACACGUCACUCAACAAGGCAUCAGAGCCAUACUGCCAGGUUUAGCAAUAGACUUUCCUCCAGGCGGCCGUAUCAUCCCCUGGAUCGGAAACCGCCGGCUUGGUUUCAUAGAGAUACCUGAAGACGACGACGACGGGCCGGGUCAUCUCGUCGCCGCGUCCUUCCCUAUUCACCUCGCAGGAACCGACCAGGCGUACAUUGUGGAUCUGAUGCUCCCAGAAGGAAACGCAGGUUUCAUCGCUCCAGGUUCUAAAGUGCAUAUCGUCCUAGAAAGUCUCUUGGUCCCGGAUGACCCACCUGACGAGGAACACUCGCCAAUCAAGAUGAUUCUCAAAGACUGGGAACUUCAAAAUCGAAAGUCGCUGAUAGAAGCGUUUCUCGUAGAUGAUACCAAUGUUGAGGGUGACGUAUUGAAGGUAACGUACAGGGUAGCGGCGACGCUGAGCAGGUACGACUCUCCUACAGCGAGCCAGCUUGAGACGGCGGCAGUAGCGACGCAAAUCGAGAGUCAGGAAUGGCUCAUUUCAUGA